AUGACGAGGCUAGAAGAGGUGAAGGGAACUCUUUUUACUCGCGCAGACAGGAUCCAGACAUGUAGCAAAGUGCAAAACAAUUAUAUUUCCAGAUUGGUGGAGCUGGAAGCAGGGCAAGAGGAUAUUCUGGAAAAGCUGAUGGAAAUGGAAGAUAGGAAGCCAAGAAAUAAAUCUAAGAUUAACAAGCAUUCCAAAGGGAGAGGAGACUAUGCUGGUGAUUGCGAAAUCAACAUAGAUGUUCAGAAAGUAUGUAAAGCUGGAUUAAAAGGUAUUCAGUUACACGGCACCUUGAGAGUAAUACUGGAGCCCCUUAUUCGAGAUGUCCCCCUGGUUGGCGCUAUUACUGUUUUUUUUAUUAGAAAACCAGUCCUGGAGAUCAAUUGGACUGGUCUAACUAACUUGCUAGAUGUUCCCGGAUUAAGUGGUAUAUCUGACACAAUGAUCCUGGACAUUAUUGCUUCAUAUAUGGUGCUACCAAAUAGAUUCACAGUCCCACUAAUAAAAGAUGUCUCAGUUGCACAGCUGCGAUUCCCAAUGCCACAUGGUGUGGUGAGAGUUCACCUUGAAGAAGCUAAGAAUCUAAUUAUAAAAGAUACUUACCUUGGUGGAAUAGUAAAAGGGAAGUCAGAUCCUUAUGGGCUUCUGAGAGUUGGCACACAGAGUUUUCGCAGCAAAACCAUCAAAGAAAACCUCAACCCUAAAUGGAAUGAAAUCUAUGAGUUCAUUGUUCAUGAAGCUCCUGGCCAAGACCUAGAGGUGGAUCUGUACGAUGAAGACCCUGAUAAAGAUGAUUUCCUGGGCAGCAUUGUUAUUGAUCUUGGUGAAGUGAUGAAAGAUAGAGUCGUUGAUGAGUGGUUUCCACUAAAUGAUGUAAAAAGUGGAGCAGUGCAUCUGAGGUUGGAGUGGCUUUCCCUAACCACUAACAAAGAGAACUUAAGAAGUGAGGGCAGCAACAACCUGUCUCCUGCAGUUCUGGUUAUCUAUUUGGACAAUGCAUGCAAUCUACCAACCACUAACCUUGAAUACACAAACUGUGAAUAUGCUUCAAAGAAAAAAAACCCAAAGUACAUCAAGCUGACAAAGAAAGCAAAAGGAGAACCAAAUGCUUAUGUUGAGCUAUCUGUGGGUGGGAAAAGUCAGAAAAGUAAGAUGCGAUAUACCAGCAAAGAUCCUGUAUGGGAAGAGGCUUUUACAUUCUUCAUUAAGAAUGCUGAAAAUCAAAUACUCCAUGCUGAGGUAAAAGAUGAUCAGAGAGACUGUGCUUUAGGAAUGCUGAAUAUUCCCCUUUACCGCAUAUUACAAGCCACAGAUAUGACCCUGGAUCAGAAGUUCCAUCUUGAACAUUCAGGAUCCAGCAGUUUUAUAAAGAUGAAAAUUGUGCUACGAAUCCUGACAAUUGAAGAGCCAGACCCAAACAGUGUCUACAGAGGUUUAAGUGCAUUGAAGAAAGGUCCCGUCUCCAUUAAAACAAAAAAGAAGAAAGGAUCCAAGGAUGAAAGCUCUCCUACUGUACAUAAAAAGUCGAGCAAUUCCACCAGUUCCACACAGAAGAAUGGCACGAAUGAAAACAAAAUUGAAUCAAAAUCUGUCAGAAAAGAUUCACUUUCAGUAGGAGAAAAAGACUCUGAACCCAGAACACCAGGAACUCCCUUUACAAAGGCACAGAACCGUCACUUGUUCCGAAAGGACGUCAUUAGCUCUUCUUCGCCAGCUUCACUUGCAUCGAGCACAGAAACACUAGACAGGGAUCAUCCUCUUCCAAAUGGCUCCAGCCUCGAUGAGUUAACCUUUGGAGAAAUCCAGAUAACUGUGCGUUAUGCUAGUCUGCGAAACUCUCUUGUCGUAAACGUAGGUGGUUGCAGGAACUUAAUUUCCUGCUCCAACGAAGGGGUAGACCCAUAUGUCAGAAUUUAUCUUCUUCCAGAUAAGAGUUGGUCAGCCAGAAAGAAGACCUCAGUUAAGAAGAAAACCCUUAAUCCUCAAUUUGAUGAGAAGUUUGAAUUUCAUAUUUCCUUGGAGGAGGCCAAGAAGAGGAAGUUAGAUAUCGCAGUGAAAAACAACAAAUCAUUCACAUCAAGUGAAAGAAAGGAUCUUGGAAAAGUUCUGAUUGAUCUGUCAACUGAUAAUCUAACCAAUGGCUUUACACAGUGGUAUGAAUUGACGUUGGAUGGGAGCACAAGAAGCUAACCAGUGAAUGCGUUUUUUUUUUGUUGUUUUAAAUGUUGUACAGUUUUAUUGUAUAUUUUAUGUAUAUAAUGCAUUGCUAAACUGACAAUAUUUUUCAUAUAUUUUUAAUAUUUUUAGUACUGGUGGACAGGGAAGGGCAGAGCAGUUUACAGUCUGGAAAUGUAUUGUUAAGCCAAGUAUGUUCAUCGUCAUUUUAAGAUACUAAAUUUUCAUAUCAUCUUUUCUUCCAUGUUAUAACCUUAUGAGUGAAUAAAUAAGCAAAGGAGGAAACAGCUGGUGAACUAUAUAAAGAAAUUCUAUAAUAAAGUAAUAUGUAUUUUAUGGAAUAUCUUGUAUAUA